GUAAGACAUACGUAAUGUAGUUUAUGCUCUAUUAUUUGAUGCAAUAAUAUGCAUGGAAUGACUCAUUGGACAGAACUAUUUUAUAUCUUUUUUUUAUGACGCUAUUUGGAUGACAUCGAGAGGAAGUCGUAGUCAUGGGAUCUGAAAUGUUUUUCGCGCAGAGCAAAACGAAAAAACAGUUUGAAGGUGACGUUGUCAAGUUACGUUCUAAACCGCAAGUCAGCCCGUUGCAAAAUAAUAAAUCUCGUGCUUCAAAAGUUACGUCUAUGAUUGAGUUAUUUAGCGGAGAAAAAGGUGUUGAUUUUGCGUCAAUUAAGCCAAAACCGUGCGUCAGAAAUUCUACGAUUUUUGCCAACGAGAAAGAAUUGCAGGAAGUCGUUGAUUGUGAUAAAACAUUCGGACAUAACAAUGCCGUCACCAGCCCAAAAUCGCCAAGUAGAACAAAUGUUGUUUCAGUGGGUAUACGAGUGCCAAAGCCAUUCUUAAAGGAAGGGACAUCUGUACGGGUGCCAAAGCAAUUCUUAAAGGAAGAGACUCAUUCCAAUGAAAGAGCUAAAGAGCAAAAUACAACACGAACAAUAUUGAGCAAUAAUUCAAACAAUCAGAAAACUGCUGAAACAAACACAAAGGUGAUUGGAAAUAACGCCGCGAAUUUUUCGGAACAAAAUUUUCAAGGAAGCAAUAAAAACGAAUUUUCAACAGGAAAAGUGUCAUCAAAUCAAAAUAAAAAACCAGCUAUUGAUUCUAAUGGUAUAGUGCAGUCUUCAAACCGAAAUAGCAAUAUAACCGCAUCGGAAAAUAAAAAUUUCAGGCAAAAAUCGCCAGAUCUACUAAGAACUGCGAACAGUGGUGCAAGGAGUCUGUUUUUAAACAUGGAUAAAAGGGAAGAAAGAAGAAUUACAAACGCACGGAACUAUUGGGAACAUAAAUUAGAACCUAGAAGAAAUUUUACCACUAGAGGGCUCACUCCUUAUAAAUCAGAAUCAAAUUUGAAUUCUACCUCCCCCUCAUUUAACGGAAAAACUUUUUCACCGAUCUCUUCUUCAAAAACUGAUUCUAUUAGUGGAGAAAUGGAUUCCCCUCCCCAGUUAGGGCCGAAAUAUACUUUUCCUAAUUCAAAUUCUUUAAGGCCAUCCUCGCCAAAUAAACCAACCGGGAUUUCCCCUCCGAGUCCAAGUUUAAAACCAAAAAAUAGGCUGCAAAUUUCACCCCCACAAAACGAAGAAAAACCAGUAGUUCCAUCAAGGCCAAGGUUUAUGACAACAGCAUCGGGGUUGCGUAUUCCCUCAAACCCUUUUCCAAACAAUAGACCAGUUUCUGAGAUACCUAAAGUGUCUUCUAGUUUAUACAGUGUCCCACAAAAACAUAAGCCAACUCCUGUAGGUGCAAAAUUGAAGAUAGGGGAAUUCCCUAAUCGACCAGUGUCUCCUUUAGCUGUCAAAACCCCACCCCCAUCUCCGAAGUCUCCAAAAGAAACGAAAACCCGAUCAGAAGAAAAUUUUGGUUUGGUUGGUGCAAAAACAGCAUUUUUUAACGGGAAAAUAAUGAACAAAAAGGACACUAACAAUAAUACUGGCGUUAACCCCCUUCCAAAGCCACACAGAACGUUUACAUUUGGUGCCGCUGAUGCCAGUCCGCGUCCUGUUCGGCCCCCCAGGCCAUUACAUCGGAAUCUCAUCCGAGUUUCGUCUGAUCUAACCACAAUAAAGGGGGACGGAAUACAAGGAAAUUUAGAGACAGCGUUCCUAAACCCUGGGCUAUAUCAGUCUAACCCAGAUUUGUCUUCUAUCUCCAGAGCUCCUAAGGAAGGAUAUGAGGAAGUCACAUUUUUCAAGCCAAAUGUUGGCCAACAACAACAAAUGUCUGAAGACAAUAGAAUGACUAAAUGGAACCGACAACACAACUAUGAGGAGGUGGAAGAUCUCACGCUCAUGAGCAAUGCAAAUGGUUCUCUUCCACACUCGGGCAACUAUGAUAGAAUAGAUCUUCAGAAACCAGCUCGGCCUCUCAGUUUAUCUGAUCUCGACAGCAAUUAUUCUCAUCUGACUUUCCGACAGAAUUUGCAAAAACCUAGAGAGAAAUCUCACACCAUUGACACCAUUGUCGUAAAAUGGGUCAGAAAAUGGCAAAUGUUUACUAAGAAGACCAAGCCAUCAGCUUUAGCAGCAACACCACACACUAAAUUAUCAAAACAAAAUUCUGACAUGAGUGAAAUCCUGCUUCGAACCAACAGUAUUUCUAAGUCAGAGAGAAGUAUGGAGUCCGGUGUGAAACUGCAGAUCACAGAUAAAAUUCGGGAAGCUUUCAGUCAGAUCAGUAGAAAAUAUAAACACCAUUGGAAAUAUAAUCUCGAGGAAACUGGGUCUGAUGGUGACGUCAAGUCCCUGAGUUCAAGUGGGGACGAGGAUUCAGAUACUGAGAUGGACAUGAGUAGACAUAGGCAAACUCUUGAUCGUACUCGUACUAUGCAGAAAACAUACAGAAGUACUUUGAAAUACAAAUCAUUGGAACGAGAAUUGUCAGGAUCUGAUGCAUCGACUGUGUUUGAGCAAGUUUUGAUUUGCAAAGUGGUUCCAGAUCCGACCGGUAAAAUAUCUUCCAAAGUAUCGUACCGAUUUCCCGCCCCUCCUCCUGGUAAAACCGUCGGAGAUGAAAAAACUUUGGCUCAUUUUUGUUUUCCUGAUAUCGGAGAAAUACAGCCAUGUAGAGAAAUGAUGAGUCAUAGUUACUCAUUUAUGCUGACUCGUGAAGAUGGGACACGAAAGUUCGGAUAUUGUAGAAGAAUUCUGCCACCAGGAAACGAGCCUCGAUACCCGGUAGUCUACUGUCUGAUCAGUGCUAUGGGAAGCUUUGGUUUGUACGAGACAAUACUUGACGAACUGGAGAGAAGACAUAGGGUUUCUCUGAAGAAAGUCUCAGUUUUCAUUGAAUCACUUUUCGUUGAAAGAUUUCCAGCACCGGGGAGAAACGUCAGAGUUGAAAUUGAAGAACCAGAUGGGAGAGCAUAUUUUGUUUUACGCCGGCCGUUUGACACAAGGUUAGAACAUGUUGAUCUGCAAUGCUUGUUGUCUGAGCUUGGAGUGGAUAUAACUAUAAAGAUAUUUGCUUCCCUUCUACUCGAAAGGAGAGUUAUCAUCAGUGGGAAAUCACUAAGCACAUUAACUGCCUGCAUUCAUGCGUUCCGAGCCCUGCUGUACCCUUUUAUAUGGCAACACGUUUUCGUUCCUGUCCUACCUCAGCCUAUGGUAGACUUAUGCUGCUCACCUACUCCGCUACUCAUCGGGAUUUUAGAAACGUCGUUACACAAAUUGAGGACACUGCCAUUGGAAGAGGUUUUUCUCGUUAAUAUGUCGACACAAGAAGUUCUUUCAAGUGCUGGUGACGAGAUGGAGAUUUUGCCUCGAAAAUUACAAACUCCGUUAAUUAACUCGUUAACUAAUUUUGCCAAUAAUUUUCAAAGUGGAGGAAUGGAACCCAGCUAUGAUUUUGCAAUAGAUUAUGAAUCAGCGGAACGCAACACUGUAAUUUCGGAAUCCUUCAUGCAUUUAUUUGUCGAGAUGAUCGGACAUUAUCCGAGUCAUUUCCAAACUGACGUGCAAUCGAAUACACAGCAACAAACUCGUUGGGGGAAAAUUCAACGAACCUUUAAUCGAAUAUCAUUUUAUGAAGACGUAACAUCUCGUAGUUUGCGACGUUUCCUUGAUUUGUUCAUGGGAACGCAGAUGUUUGAUGGAUUCAUACAUUCAAGGGAAUUGGCCAACACUGAUUAUGAAGGUUUAUUUGAACGCCGAAUUGCCCGGCACUUGCUAACUGCUGAUGCUUCAAACUUGAAUUUCAAAGUUUUCCGGACAAAAAUGAAACGAUUUAUGCAAGGAAUAGGAAAAAAGAAGAUUUAAGGUUUAAUCAAUGCUUGCAAGUAUACUGUAGCGAGGAUAAAGAUGACUAUUGGAUCUCUGCUAUUGGAAACCCUUAUCGGUCGUUCUGUCUGUCUGUCUGUCUAAGCUUUAGCAUCUUAACGGCUGGACCAAUCUAGAUUAAAUUGUACACAUGGGUUAUCUUGUCACCCUAGUAAUGUGCUUUUCAUAGAAAGUUCGGAUUGUAGUUUUGUUUCUAUGGCAACAAUGAAAAAAUGUGCCAGUCGUAAUGAAAGUUUCGAAUUUUUUACAAUUCAUCGCUGUUUUCUUGCCAACCAAGUCGAAACUUGUAAUUCCAAGAAUGCUACCUUUCACAGAGAAAAAAACUUUUUCAAACUCGUCCUUCAUCCCGAUACUCCAUAAACUAGCCAAGCCUUAGUGAUUUUAGUGAACUUUAUUUUAACUUUUGGCUACAAUAUAUCAAUCUUGCAAGAAUGUUUAGAAAACGCACAGAACUUGUAAUGAAUUGGCAGUUUCGGUAACCCGUUCACUUGAUCACAGCGCAUUACAGAUUUGCAAGUUUCUGAGGAUUGUGACCGAUUGUUUAAGUGCGGGCCUAAACUAUUAGCGGAGAUCUUGGGCGCCUACCGGCUUAUUCUAAAUCAGGGGUUCCUGAACUUUUUUCAGGACGACCCCAAAGGCAACUCUCAAGUGUCCAGUGCGACCCCAGGUCAAUAUAUAUAUUUUCAUGAAACUCUAAAGAGCUUCUUUUACUGGACUUUGAGUUUGGUCAUGUGGUGGUACUAGGUAAAAUAAGCUAAGACCGAACAGUGAUGUCACAAUAGGCACUUACAUUUUCUAUAGCGUAUGCAUAGAGCGAUGCCUAUUGACCUGUUUUACAGUAAGCCAUGGUACAAACUGCUAAAUUUAACAUGGUUUGUCAAAUCUCAGA